GGACGCUUAAGACUUUAUAAGAGACUGGUUCCUUAGUAUAGAGGUAUACUUCGGCACCAAGAAAGAGUAUACUAGUAGAUGAUAAAUAGGAACCAUGAGAUUUAUAUUUUGCGAGAUAAUAUUAUGAGAUAAAUACUCCGUCAGAAACAAGAAUAACAAAAUACUCUGUAAUGUCCAGUUUCCCUGUAUAUGUUUCCAUCGCGACUGAAGGGUUUUAGGUGCAAAUUACAUAUUAAGCGCGGCUCACGGAUACGCGGUGCGAUAAAAUCUUAUUCAUUUUUUGCUCAGUUUUCGCCGCUCGACCUCGGUUUGCUCUGAAGAAUUUUUAAUCACUAUGGAGUCCUCUAUAGUGAUCAAGGUCAAGCGCGGUGAUACACUCCGGCGCUUCAAUGCUCCUGUUGUUAAUGAAACGCUUGGUCUUAACAUAAAUGAACUGAAGGAGAAAAUACUUCAUCUUUUCCAAAUUCCUUCUGAUACUGUAAUUACCCUUACGUAUACUGAUGAGGACGAUGAAGAAGUGACACUAGCAGAUGAUGACGAUCUGACAGAUAUUGUCAAGCAGAGGCUGGAUCCAUUGAGAAUAUCGGUGAAAUUGAAUGUUGAGAGGAAUGGUAUACCUUCAGAAAGCCCCCCCAGCACACAGUCUUCAUUUCAGGAGAAGCAUUUUAAGAGAGGGCCAGGGCUCUUGCAUGAAGCUCCCAUUAAACUGUUUGCUGACAUGGUUUCUAGUGCUUCAUCAUCUGCGCCCCCUGUCCUUACUGAGCUUGCUGAAGCAUUCUCAAGGAUAGGCUCAUCUUAUCUAAACCAGCUCCUUGAAACUCAAAGUAAAAAAGAGACCGACUCACAGAGGCAAGCCACUGGAAAUGCUAGUGGUGUGACUGAAAAUAAUCCAUCGGUGGAUAGAGUUCCAUCAGGUCUGGUGUUACACACCAGACCUGAUCAAACAACAUCUGCUGUAAAUGAGGUCUUGGAACCUAGUGAACCAAGCGUAACAACAGAAUCUGAAAGCGAGGCUCUUAUUACUAAAAAAAGAAUGUUUGUUAAUCUUAAUGAACCUUUGAUUGGAUCUGCAGCAAGAGAUCCGGAACCUAUUAUGUUUGAGGCCAGUAUUAGGAGCCGGGUUGAUAGUAAUAAAUUUUGUGACAACAGUCUUGUUGGAAAGGCUCUUGGCAUUUCAAGCUCUAGUGUUCCCUCUGUUGUUGGAAACCAUGUUGUUAAUACUAGAGGUUCUACCGGAUUUGGGCCUAUCAAUCCGAGUGCAUCCUUUGGGUACUCAAGUGGUGGUCCUUCAAGGAAAUGGUAUCAUUCUACUAUUCUGGACUCAAAUCCUCCACGCCUUGGUCCAGCAGUUAUGAAUGCGUGUCCUUUCUCAGGUGUUCAAACUGUUGAUAACCCAGUCUCACCGCCGCCAGUUCCCUUUUAUACCCACCCAAAAGUAAGCCAUGGCCACAGUGUUGGUAUUGGUAAAAUACUCCACAAGGGUGUUUGUUGUGAUGGUUGUGGGGUCCACCCAAUAACUGGCCCUAGAUUCAAGUCUAAAGUAAAAGAGAACUAUGACCUGUGUAGCAUCUGCUUUUGUGAUAAGGGGAGUAGUGAAGCCGAUUAUAUCAGAAUAGAUCGCCCAGUAAACAUUCAGAACCCUUGUGCAAUGGGGGGAUUAAGGGAUCAGCAUGCAAGGAUGCGCCCACCAUACAUGUAUCGUGGAAUUGGUCCAAAACCCAACCAUCCAAAACUUUCCAGCCGUUUUGUACAGGAUGUCAAUAUUCCAGAUGGUACCAUAAUUCCACCUUCUACUCGUUUUACCAAAAUUUGGAGGAUGAGGAACAAUGGUAAUAUUUGCUGGCCCAAAGGCUCCAAAGUUGUGUGGAUCGAUGGGGAUAUACUAAGUGAUGUGAUGUCUGUAGACUUGGAGAUAGCUGCAGCUGGCGUGUCUGUUGAACAAGAGCUUGAUGUUGCAGUUGAUUUAAUUGCUCCUAAUGUGCCAGGCCGAUAUGUUUCGAACUGGAGGAUGGCCUCACCUUUUGGCCAAACAUUUGGUCAGCUUAUUUGGGUGCAAAUCGAGGUUGUUGCUACUACAAAUGAAGCCACUAGGAACCCCGCCCCUGAAAGUCUACGUGGAUUGAAUUUGAAUCUGCCGCCCUCAAGCAGUAGCAUAGUAAAUGCUGAAAUGGUUGAGUCGAACACUGAAUCAGUUGUUGGAGAUAGCAGCCAUCCAGAGCCUAUACUCUCGUACAAAUCUGUGGAGUUGGUUGAACCUUCUCUUGAGGGGACAAGUUCAAUGAAGGGGCAGGAGGCAAACUUCUUCCCCAUAAACGACAGCUUGAUUAUUGGUGUAAACAGCAAACCACAACCUGCUACUACUCCAGCAACCGCCUCUUCGGUUUCAUACCCUGUUGUUGAUCUCUCUGACGUUGCACCAGCUGUUGUGCCUCUAAUAAAUGUUGAUAAAGAAAACAGUGAGGUGGAGACAGCCCUCCUAAAGGAACUUUAUGACAUGGGUUUUAAACAGACAGAUCUGAACAAGGAGGUAUUGCGAAUGAAUGAUUAUGAUUUGGAGCAGUCUAUUGAUGAUCUGUGCGGUGUUUCUGAGUGGGAUCCCGUCCUUGAGGAGUUGGAGGAGAUGGGCUUUUGUGACAAGGGGGUUAACAAGAAACUCCUCAAGAAGAACGGUGGAAGCAUAAAGCGGGUCGUCAUGGAUCUUAUUGCCCGUGAGGAGUAGUUAAUACAGAUUUCGUGAUUUAUAUUGAGUAAUUCAGCAGGUGGUGGUGUGUCUUAGAUCUUGGAAGUUGUAAUAUGUCAUGUUCGGUUCCUUUUGCUACCUUGAAGACUGAAGUGGAUGUUAAGUGCUGUUCCCUUUAAUAAGACCAUUACUGCUUUAGUUGCUCGUGUAUCGUAGGUGGGGGCUUGUUUUGCCACCUUUAAGCAGAUGUAUAGUUCAUUUCAAUAAUAAUGACUCUUUUUGCUGCCAUCGUGUAUUUGGGUCUGUUUGUUACAUGCAAAAUGUUUUUUUUUUGAAGAGCAAAUUGAUUU